CAGGAUUUACUUCUUGUGCACAGAUUUUUCCAACUUCUCUCUCGGAAAAUUCCCUCAUGUACAAAACUAAAAAAUCCUCUUAGAGUUUGAUUGCUUUCGAAUGUCUUUCCCCGUUCUCGGGGAACACUUAAUUGCAAUCAAUCCUCUCAAUGGAUUUUAUCACAUCGCCUCAUGGAGUAGUCGCUUUUUCUUGCGCUCUGUCUCUAAAAAAGGCUUUUCUAUUUAAUUGUCUGGCGCUCUUUACAAAAUGCCCGAGUAUAUUUCCCGAGAAAUGACAUCAGAAUGAACAAACUUAAAUGAUUCAUAGCACUGGUUUGACUUUCUCUCAGGUGGUUAUGUUCUUUAUAUUUCACAAUAUCAUGUUUUUUGCACCCCAUACGCGCGGGACUCAUCUUGAUUGUUUGCCAACUUAUUAUAGAACCGACGACUAUCCAAAGUACGCGGGUUUCCAUUGAAUCGUACAGAAAGAUUGCUUCUGGAGUGGUUUGAAAGGUGAAUUGAUUGGUAAUUAAAAAUGAUCAAUUGAUUGUAAUUUAUCACAUGGCGUCUGUCGUGAAAAUCGGUCACUGUUGUCGUCAUUGUUGUGGCAACAAAUGAGGCGAUACAAUUUAUUAAUUUUCACUCAUUGAAAUGAAAAAUUAAACGUCGAAGCAUUUCUGUGAAUGGAAGAAAAGGUUUUUUCCCUUUUGCGCGCUCACAAUCAAAUAUGAGUGAUGUUUCAGUUUUUUUUGUGCAAAAAACGCAAGAAAAAAAGUUAAAUUAAAGAAGAAAAAAAUUAGUGGCAAAAACACCAUGUGAAUAAUUGUUUGGACAAGUGGAAGAGUGAUAAGAUAAGGAGGGAAAAUUUAACAGCAAAGUAUAAAUAAGUCUGGGUUAUUUUGUACUGCCUCAGUUUAGAAAUUUCACUCGAAUUUUGCAUUACAAAGUGUGUGUGGAUAUUCAAGGAAGACUCACGAUGAAGUUCUCAGUGGGAUUAAUUGUCUUGGCGGUAUUCUGUGGUGUUCUCUAUGCCCAGAGUCAUAACAUUCAAUGGGGCAAUCAGACGCACUAUGACCGCUUGUUGCACCGUGAAUUUGUACAUAAAUCCUCAAAGUGGAUGCAGGUCGUUACCCAUGAAGUUAACUGGCCAAAUAGAACUCAAGCAGCUCAAGCUAGGAAUGCAACAAUAACAUACAUUCGUGCCAUGGAUCAAUAUGUAAAUGGCAAGGGUGGAUACGCAACCCUGAGAGCUGGUGGUGUUGGAUUCAAUCACACAGAGGUUCGAUUUAAAUCACAGAGAAGCCAGGGGAUCGACUUCAUCUUGGAGAUUUAUGGGCACUAAUUGUGUGGUCAGCAUGGGAAUUGGUUUGGAAGCUUUAGCACCUCCGUCUGAUUGCUCUUCCACAAAUUGCUCUCACAACCUGUUAAUUAUUUAUUUUUUUCUCCCUGCUCCCCCAAAAUUUCGCUGCAAGAAUAAAAAAUUCUGUGAGUUCUA